GAUAAAUUUGGUCGUGGCCGAGUUCAUGUGCUUGCAUCAGGAAUACCCAAUGCGCACAGUGUGCGCGUACAACAGCGUUUUGCGCGCGAUGUUGCACGAGCGAAAUCCGUUUGUUCGCAGUCAAUCUGCAGUCAUCUCUGCGUCGAAUUACCGCUCAAUGCGUUUACAUGCUUAUGCGCCGAUGACUCAACGCAGUUAGAAGAUGGGUCUUGUGCUGGUACUAAGGUCGACGAACUUCCUUUGCCAAAGCAGUGUGCAUGCCAGAAUGGUGGUAUUUGCCAGCUAGAUGGCACUUGUGAUUGCGGUGAUUUUGAAGGCGAGCAGUGUCAGAAAGGCUCCACUGUAUCUAGAGAGGCAAUGGUAAGAAAAUUCCAGUUAAUCGGUCGAUUUGGUUCAAAUGCUUUCCUAGCAGCGCUAUUAUUCGUAUCGCUGUUUGCCUGUGUUGUACUGAUGGUAUUGAUUGCUACGAACCUGUACAAGAAGCGCUUGCUGUUAUUCAAAAAGAACGAAGCUGCUGAUGGGGCGGUUUCAUUCCGCGGGAAUGUUAUAUCGUUCAGCAAUCCAGUGCUCGAUCCGAAACCGGUAACA